UUAAUAUUAAAGGAACGAAAUGAACUAAAACAAAAAGAUUCGUUCAUUUUGAUGAACUCAAUUCAAAGAACCGACUCACUAAAAUGAUCCGAUCUUCCCAUCACUGAUAUGCAGUAGGGAGUCAUAACUCCGUGCCGCUAGGUGGCAGCAGUGUGUUUAAUCUAGCAACCCAGGUACCGUUACUUCAGCAGUCCUACUAAUCGAUUUACAAAAGCUUUUAAAAUAAUUUAACGCCUGAAGUAAAGUUUCAGUGCAUUUUAAUGAGUUUUCAAUGUGUUAAGCGUUAAAUUUGAGUCUAAAGUCAGAUUUUUAUUGUCCGGUUGAAGUAAAAUAUUAUGUUUAUCGAUUGGUCAUGUCUGAUUCCAUCUUCAAUAACAGAAUCCACGUGUAGGACUCACGGGCGCGUCCCGGUUCUCGGAGAUGUUCUUCACCUUCACGUGGCUCUGACAGAACGCCGUGAUGCUGCGCGGUGUGCUGCUAAACGCUUUGCGAACCGGAAGUGCCCUUCAUGCCAGGAACUGUCAGACGUGUGCGGUUUUCCUUCCCAUCGCCGCGAGAAAGUUCGGAAGCGUCCCAAAGCCACCCGGGGGAGGAGAAGAACGAGGUGCUGCGGUCCAGUUCGGGGAUCGUUCCACAGCUUUCUCCUCCAGAAACACUUACCGGAAGUCGUCCGCCGAGCAGCAGGAUGCGAAACACGCAGACGCGGAAGUGGAGCUGGACGAACCGGACCACUUCCGGUCCCGAACCAAAUACCGGAAGAGUAACACACCGUACUGGUAUUUACUGCAGUGUAAAAAACUGCUGAAGAAAGAUAAAUUAUCUGAGGCGUUGGUGUUGUUUGAGGUUCAGAUGCUGAAGGAGGAGCGAUUGCAGCCGGAGGAGUAUAACUACACUGUGCUGAUUGGGGGAUGUGGACGAGCUGGAUAUAUCAAAAAAGCUUUUAAACUUUACAACGAUAUGAAGAAGCGAGGUCUGGAGCCCUCGGGCGCCGCCUACACGGCUCUGUUCAAUGCCUGUGCUCAGUCGCCGUGGAAACGGUCGGGCCUGGAGCAGGCGCUGAAGCUGCGACAGGAGCUGCGCAGGAAGAACAUUCCUCUCAACUCCAUUACCCAUCAUGCCCUGCUGAAAACGCUGGCACGUGCCGGAGACCUGAAGGCCUGUUUCCAGGUGCUGCGGGAGAUGCUACACAGUGGACAGGCGGUCACUCAGGAGACUUUUCACUACUUACUGAUGUGCUGCGUGGAGGACAGAGAGCAGGGCUUCAGACUGGCGCUGCAGGUGUGGCAGCAGAUGCUGAGCUCUGGUAUAAAACCAGAUGCCCAGAACUAUAACAUCCUGCUGCGUGCUGCAAGGGAUUGUGGGAUUGGCGAUCCUGCCUUGGCGACUAAUCUGCUCCUGAGGGGGCGGGACGAGUCCGGGUCUAACCUCAGAGGUCAGAGGUCAAAGCCGAGAGAAGGGACGAGUCCCCUGGAGAUUUUAAGCGUAGACGUGUUCGAGAGGCGCAUGCUGGCCGAGACCACGUCCGAUCUCACGCAGGAGACUCUUCACUCUGACUCGGAACAAACCAACCCGCUUCCUGCUUCCUCACCUUCACGUGCGCUGGUCCAGAUGUCCGUCCCGAACCUGCUGGACCCGGGUACCUGUCGCUCAGACCUGGUCACCUUGGCGAGCGCGAGCACCCCGUCUGAUAGGCUGGCGCUGAUCGGAGACCUGGACGGCUUUCUGAAUAAAAUGUCCAGUGACGGAUUGAAGCCCAGUAUAAAGACUCUCACGCUGUUGGCUGACGUGACGGAGCCCAGCAGCCAAUCGGUACGCAGCCUGAUCCACGCGGCCGAUCAGGGCGGAGUCAAGCUGGACGUGGGGUUCUUCAAUACUCUGAUCAGGAGAGCUGCUAAAGCAGGAGAUGUGGAAGGAGCCAAGGCUGUGAAGGCACUGAUGCUGGAGAGGAAGCUGCAUGUAAACGCUCAGACCUUCUGCAGCAUGGCUCUGGUGUGUCGCACACACAAACAUGGACUCCAGCUCCUUACUGACAUGAAGACGUGCGGCGUGACUCCGAACGCUCACGUGUUCAGCGCUCUGAUUGGUCAGGCCGCGCGGCGUUUGGACUACGCCUGGCUGCACGAGCUGCUGCUCCAGAUGCACCAGAUGCAGGUUUCGCCCAAUGACGUCGUCAUCAAACAGCUGGAAUUCGCCGCAGAGUAUCCACCCACCUACGACCAGUACAAGUCGAAGAACACCUACCUGGACAAGAUCAACGGUUUUCGUGGUUUCUAUAAGCAGUGGCUGGAGUUCAUGCCUGCACAGGAGACGCCACACCCCAUGGAGAAAUUCCACCAACCCGAGAUGGAGAAUGAGCGAGAUGGAGUCGAGUCGAGUCAGGAGAGUCGAGUGGAGCCGAGUCGGCUGAGAUGAUUCACUAAACGAUAAACAAAUAAAUAAAUAAAAGUA